UCAUUUGGGCUUUCGGCCCAGUCCAGUUUUAUAAACAUUAAACACCCUAUUACUGAAAAUAGAGAAAAAGUAAAAAUAAAUUAUGGAAAAGAGUCGCUCUGAUUUAGAAAAUCUCCAAGAAUUUUGGAAAUGUAUCCAAAAGUUCCAAAAGCAGAUCGACAAGAAACAUCUCCCAAAGCUUCACCUCCUUGGAUCUUCACCUCCUUGGAUCUUCACCAUUGUCAUCUUCUUCAUUUCAUCCUUCCCAUUCAAGUCACGUGGCAAGCACUCGCAGUUUUUCUCUAUCAAACUCAGCUCACCUCCUUCUCCGGCGCCGCUCCCCAACCCCUGCGGUGCCCAUUUCCAGAAAAUCCUCUGUAAAUUAGCGUUUCCAAGAUGAAAUCUGAAGCACUGACUUUAAUGUUGAUCAAUUUGGCCGCUGUUAUGGAGAAGGCCGACGAGUCCUUGUUGCCUGGAGUCUAUAAAGAAGUUGGGGCGGUUCUGCACACCGAUCCCACUGGGUUGGGUUCCCUAACCCUCUUCAGAUCUAUUGUGCAGUCCUCUUGUUACCCUUUAGCUGCUUACUUAGCUGUGCAUCACAACCGUGCCCAUAUCAUUGUUCUUGGUGCUUUUCUCUGGGCCGCUGCCACUUUCCUCGUUGCCCUUUCCUCCACAUUCUUACAGGUUGCAAUUUCCAGAGGUUUAAAUGGUAUUGGUCUUGCCAUAGUGAUACCAGCCAUCCAGUCCCUAGUGGCUGACUCCACUGAUGAUAGUAACCGUGGCUUAGCUUUUGGAUGGCUACAACUAACGGGAAAUCUUGGUUCCAUUAUUGGUGGGCUUUGUUCUGUAUUAUUAGCCUCCACAUCUUUCUUAGGGAUCCCAGGAUGGAGAAUUGCCUUCCAUCUUGUUGGACUGAUGAGCGUCGUUCUUGGUGUACUAGUAUGGGCUUUUGCAAAUGAUCCACGCUAUUGUGUGAUUGAUGGAAGAGUUAAGGAUCAAUCAAGGAAGCCAUUGUGGUCAGAAUUGAAGGAUCUUUUUAAAGAAUCAAAGUCGGUUUUAGGGAUCCAAUCUUUUCAGAUAAUUGUUGCUCAGGGUGUUGCUGGUUCAUUUCCUUGGUCGGCUUUGUCAUUUGCUCCUAUGUGGCUUGAACUUGUGGGGUUUUCUCAUGAGAAAACAGGGUUUCUAUGGGCUCUUUUUAUAAUUGCUGGCUCAUUGGGUGGCCUUUUUGGAGGAAGAAUGGGGGAUAUACUAUCAAAGCGCUUUCCUAAUUCAGGGAGAAUUCUUCUAUCUCAGAUAAGCUCAGGUUCUGCUAUUCCUCUUGCUGCGAUUUUGCUCCUGCUUUUGCCAGAUGAUCCAUCCACUGGAUUCUUGCAUGGACUGGUUUUGUUCAUAAUGGGUUUUAGCAUGUCGUGGAAUGGACCAGCAACUAACAACCCAAUAUUUGCUGAGAUAGUCCCAGAGAAGUCGCGCACGAGUAUUUACGCUAUGGAUCGAUCAUUUGAGUCGGUUCUGUCAUCGUUCGCUCCUUCGGUUGUAGGAGUUCUGGCACAGCAUCUUUAUGGAUACAAACCAGUAGCAAGAGGAUCCUCUGAUUCUGCCCAGAUUGAAAGUGAUAGAGAGAAUGCAAAAUCACUAGCCAGAGCACUCUACACAGCCAUUGGUAUUCCGAUGUUGGUGUGCUGCUUCAUCUACUCUUUCCUGCAUCGUUCAUACCCAAGAGACCGAGAGCGAGCUAGAAUGCAGGCCUUGAUAGAGUCUGAAAUGCUGCUUAUGGAGGCAUGCUGUUCACCUCUGUGUAAGCGAGACAGUGAGUUUCAGAUAUCAGUGGGGAAAGAUGUCGAUGAUGAGGAUCAAACAGAGAUCGAUCUAAUCUAUGGAAUUGAUGACAGUCUUGAUUUCAAUGAUGACAAUGAUGAAAAGCAUCUUCACAGUUUCUGAUUCAAAAAUGUAGAUCAACAUGAUUGGAAGCAGUACUUGGUGCAGAUUUUUUUAGUACAUCUUUCAAAUUCUAUACCAAAUAUGAUUUUUGUAUCAUUAUAUGCUUCCGUACCAAAUAUGAUUUUUGUAUCAUUAUAUGCUUCCGCGCCAUAGUUAACAAUAACAUAGCUGGUUUUACAAGCGAGAAAUACUAUAUUCAAUGAUACGAGACCUUUUGGAGGAACCAAAAGUAAAAUUAUAAGAGUUCCAGAACAAGAUGAGAAAUUCGGUGCCACGAAUCCACCUUAAACAUGUCUGAAAUCGCUUUCCCCUAUCUUUUUCAUUUUAAAGUAAAACAGGUAACAAUGAGGCAAUGUCUUCAUUUACAAGUGCACAUGGAGAGGGAACCCACCUUUAAUCAUAUUUAUGAUCCACAUUUUAAGUCCCCCUCUUUUUUCUCCCUUUCACAUUCAAAUUCAAAUGCCCUCCACAUUCGACUCCACUUUCGAGCUUCUUGAGAAGUUUCCCACCCUUAUAACGAAUGUUUCGGUUCCCUCUGCAACCAAUAUGGGAUCU